GUCACAGCUGGGUAGUUGACUCUCUGGAAGUCCAGCAGCAGCGGUCCGUCCGGAGCGAGCCAGGCGCUGCAUGGAUCUCUCGGAGCUCCGCAGAACUUAAGGUCUAAAGUUUCGCUUCCCAGUUCAGACCUCCCUAUCCACAAUGCUGAUAAGAGAAUGCAUUCUUCAGGUCAUCUGAGACAUCUUCAUUUCUUUGCUGCUGUCACCCAAAGACGGUCUGUAGGCCCCACUGGGGCUCCAUCGUUCAUCCUGACCUCCACCCCUCACCCUCAUCCAGGUCCCUCCCAUCUCCCCCACCCCCAAUAGUGGCCAUCCCAGAGGGGAGGUAAGGUGAGCCGUCCCCGGUAAAUAUGCCUGGAUGGAGGUCUCAGGGGCGUCUCAUCCUGCUGAACUCCCUGACAUGUGGCCUGGAGAUCUGCGUGGCAGCUGGGAUCACAUACGUGCCCCCGCUGCUGCUGGAGGCUGGAGUGGAGGAGCGCUACAUGACCAUGGUGCUAGGUAUCGGACCAGUUCUUGGCCUUCUUUUUAUCCCCCUGAUCGGCUCAGCCAGCGAUCAGUGCAAUAGCAGUUAUGGCAGAAGGCGGCCAUUCAUCUGGCUGCUGUCUCUGGGAGUUCUUCUGGCACUUUUCAUCAUUCCCAAAGCUGAUCUUCUGGCAGCACGUCUUUAUCGUGGAGAACGCACCCUGCAGGUGGGCUUCCUUAUUCUUGGUGUGGGCCUGCUUGACUUCUGUGGGCAGGUGUGUUUCACCCCAUUGGAGGCCCUGUUGUCAGAUCUGUACCGGGAGGAGGAAGACUGCAGCCAAGCCUUCGCUAUGUUCUCUUUCAUGGUCAGCGUGGGAGGCUGCGUGGGGUAUUUGUUACCUGCAGUGGACUGGAGUCGCAGUCUGCUCUCUGUUUACCUGGGAGGCCAGGCCGAGUGCCUGUUUUCGCUCCUCAUCCUCAUCUUCGUCACCAGUGUGAUCAUCACAAUGAAGGUGUCUGAGGAGACUUCCUGUGCCAGCAGCAGCCCGACUGGAUCAGGGUCCUUCCUGGAGUCGAGUGCUGGCACAAUGGAGGCUGGUUGCUGUGGACCUCCACGUUCCUGCUUCUACCUGCUCAGGUGCAAGCUAAGGCUUUUGAAGGCUGGACCCCUGCUCUGCUUACUGAGAACCUGCUGGACCAUGACCCCAGCCAUCUUCUGGAGCUAUUGCCACAUCCCGCAGGUCAUGAGGCAGCUGUGCAUGGCCCAGCUCUGCAGCUGGAUGGCUGUGAUGUCUUUUAUGCUUUUUUACACUGACUUUGUGGGAGAAGGUCUGUAUGAUGGAGUACCCAGUGCGUUACCAGGAACCAUGUCUAGGCAAAGAUAUGAUGAAGGAAUCCGAAUAGGCAGUUUGGGCCUUUUUUUGCAGUGUGCUACCUCAACCUUCUUCUCUCUGGUCAUGAGUCGGCUGGUUCGCCGGUUUGGGUCACGGUGGGUCUACCUGAGCAGCAUGGUGAGCUUCACAGUCUCUGCUUUGGUCAUCUGCCUGUCCAAAAGUGUUGUCUUGGUUACAACAAUGGCGGCACUCACUGGCUUUGCAUAUGCAACGCUGCAGACUCUACCUUACACCCUGACCUGCCAUUACCACAAGGAGAAGGAGGUCUACAUGCCAAAAGGGAUAACUAAAAGCAUGCAUACAAAUGGCAUGACUUAUCUGAGUCCUGCGCAGGAAGAAGAGGGAGUCCAAAAUCACAAAACAGCUCCUUACAAGCAUCCUCUCCUCAGCCAGGACGGGUAUGAAUACUUUCCCAUCCAGCAAAGCCCGAACAGCUCGCUUCACUGCUCAGGUGGCCCCGAGCAGGACGAGGCCGAGCCAGGAUAUGAAAAACGUGGCGUGGGCUUGGACUUUGCCAUCUUAGACAGCACAUUUCUCCUCUCUCAGGUUAUUCCAACCCUCUUUGUGGGGACCAUUGUUCAGUUUGCUCAGUCUGUCACCGCCUACAUCGCCAGCUCGGCCGUCUUUGGAGCUGUUGCCAUCUACCUUGCUUCGCACAUCGUCUUCGACCAAAAAGACCUCAGAAGCUAAGACUUUGUUACUAAAGAUGAAAUCAUCAAUAAUUUUUCAUUCAGGUUGCUCAGACAGAACUUAACCAUGCACUACUUUUUCCAGAAUCUCUUGAGCUGUUACAUUCUCUAGCAGGUAAGGGGCUUACGUCACACCUGAAAUACCAGCCUGUAGGCCAGGUGUAAUACGCUGAACUGAAAGCUGUUAAAUGUUAGAAAACUUUAUUUCUGCCAUCUUUGUCCUCGGGUACCAUCAUCCAGAUUUAUUGUAGAACCCAGCAGCCUCUAAUUAAAAGCAGCUGUUUUAUGUUCUGGGUUUGAUCAGGCCUAAUGUCCAGGCAGUUCUGUUGACGGGUUCUGGUGUUUUUUAACAUGGUUUUCUCAUGGUGGUAAAGAUGUCCCACCAGUGAGUCUGAAACUGUCUCCUGUGUUUCCUGAAGGCACCUCUGUCCUGUCUUGAUAGGCCAGGCUGUGAGGUGAUGUUUGACCAAAAUACAUUUUAGUUACAUUUAGGUUGAGUUUUAGGCUUUAACUCCCUGAUGGCAUCAGUACCACUGUUACCUCAUUAAACUGUUAUACAGGG